AUGAAAAGGCCGGCGGAGAGAGAAGGAUGGAGACACUCAAAAGAACACAGAUACAGCAGCAGCAGCAGCAGCAGCAGCAGCAGCAGCAGCAACAGCAGCAGCAGAUUCAGCUGCGCCUACGAAGGUUACAACCGCACACAAUACACACUGCAGCAGCAGCAGCAGCAGCAGCAGCAGCACAAUCACCGCCGCCCACACUACCACUACCGCCAGCAUCGCCAGCAGCAGCAGCAGCAGCAGCAACAGCAACAGCAGCAGCAGCAGCAGCAUGAGCGUUCCUACAGUUUAAUGAGGGAGGAAAGGAUUUAUAAAGAAGAUAAUUAUAAGGGCAUUUCAUCAAUCAGCAGCACUCGGAGCAGCAGCAACACAAGACCAGAAUACACUCAAAGCCACACCCAUCCUGUUGCUGCUGCUCCUGCUGCUGCUGCUGCUGCUGCAGCUGCUGCUGCAGCAAGAGGGAAUGAAGCAGCAUCCGCUUUUUCCGCUGGGGACGGCGAACUGAUGCCAGCACCAGCAGCAACAGCAGCACAAGCAACAGCAGCAGCAACAACAACAGCAGCAGUAGCACCAACCGCAGCAACAGCUACUGCAAGUGCAGCAGCAGUGGAUAUAGCAAAAAGAACAGCAGCAGCAUCAGCAGCAGCACCAACAACAACCGAUGCAGCAGCAGCAGCAAAAGACGCAGCAGCAGCAGCAAAAGACGCAGCAGCAGCAGCAGCAGAAGCAGAAGCAGCAGCAGAAGCAGCAGCAGCAGAUAUAUUAGCAAUGACAGAAGCAGAAGUUCGGGUGUACGCGCAGCAGCAGCAAACUCUUGUUGAUGUUUUGCUUAGUAAUUUGCGGUGUAUGUACACCACAGCAAUGGCUGAGAUAGAAAGAAAAAAUAAAAGAAUAGAAGCACAAGAAAAAGAAAUCAAUACACUUAAACAAAUGCUGCAGCAGCAAACGGAAAGAAGAGGAUUCUAA